AUGGCGAGAAGAGAUCCUCCAUACGAUACCUCAGUCGCGACCUUGGAAUCCAUUGACGUGGAUUGGCGCAUCCCUUUGAUCAAUUAUCUCAAGUAUCCUGAUCAGACCACGGAUAGAAGGAUUCGCUAUCUUGCCCUCAACUACUUCCUCAGAGAGUUCAUCAUCAUCGCGACUGAUUUCUUUCCAAAGUGGGUUGAAGCAGAACCUUUGAAGGAAGCAUCUGGUGGCACGUUGAGACAAUUCCUAUUCAGAAACAUCAUCUGCAGAUUUGGGAUCCCAGAAGUUUUUGUUUCGGACUGGGGGGCAGCUUUCAUAGGUGGUGAAGUUGAUAAACUGGCCUACUGCACAUCUAAGAAGAAUCCCACCGCGACAAUACCUUAUGCUUUGAUGUUUGGCCAUGAUGCAGUCCUACUAUUAGAAGUCAACAUCCAAUCAUUACGAGUUCUAGAGCAACAUCAUCUCAUUGGAGAAGAUUACAUUCAGGCUAUGUGGCAGGAACAUGAAGAUCUUAGCGAAAAGCGCUUGGAGGCUUUAGAUAGUUUGGUCAUGGAAAAGCAACGAGUCGCUCGCGCCUAUGACAAGCGGACGUGUGGAAGGAGUUACAGCGAAGGAGAGUUGGUUUGGAAAGCAGUUCUCCCGCUUGGAGAAAAAUUACAUAGUCGCGGCAAAUGGAUUCCACGAUGGGAAGGCCCGUACAUCAUCUAUAAAAUCUUAGCGAAAGGAGCUUUUCAUCUCAAGGACCUGGAUGGAGAUAUCCAUUAUAACCCUAUCAAUGACAGAUACUUGAAGAAAUAUUUUCCUAAUGUCUGGGACUUGGAUGAGUAG